GCGGCCGCCGCGGUCGGUGGUGGUCCCCAGCAGCUACCGGCAUCCGUUAAUCCCUUCGUCACCGCCACAUACGCGCAGCACGCGACGUACGGUGGACAGCGGGUGCCUACAGCUUCAUCUCCAGCAAACACUAACAGCAGCUCCAGUAGUGCCACUGGCAGUCAAAGCGGGACUAUGAGCACGAAUCUCAGCAACAAUGCCAUGCAGGGUCAACAAGCAGAGCAGCUGUCUAAAACGAAUCUAUACAUCCGUGGCCUCAACCAGAAUACGACUGACAAAGACCUCGUUAACAUGUGUUCUCAGUACGGAACUAUAACUUCCACCAAGGCGAUUUUAGACAAAAAUACAAACAAAUGUAAAGGUUACGGAUUUGUAGACUUCGAAUCACCGAUGGCGGCAGAGGGUGCUGUGAAAGCACUGGUCGCCAAGGGCAUCCAAGCGCAGAUGGCGAAAGUUGCGAAGUGCAUUCGGGAGCCAGUCUUAAGAUUCAGAAAAAACGGGACUUCAAGUUUGCAACAGGAGCAGGAUCCCACUAAUCUGUACAUCGCCAACCUGCCGCUGACCUUUAAAGAGAACGACGUCGAGGCAUUACUCGCUCAAUACGGACAAGUUAUCUCUACCCGUAUUCUGCGCGACACUUCCGGCCAGAGUAAAGGAGUUGGAUUCGCAAGAAUGGAAUCCAAAGAAAAAUGUGAACAAAUUAUACAAAUGUUUAAUGGAAAGGCACUAACAGGCGCAAAGGAUCCAUUAUUAGUUAAGUUCGCUGAUGGCGGAAACAAAAAGAAAUCGUUGUUUAAAAGUACAAUAUGGAGAGAGACUGGAGAGAAUAUGACUUUGAACUACGACACGAGUGGCGUUGGUCAGAACGGCGUUGCUACGACUCACAUGCUUCCCACGACAGCUCUUACACAGUACAGUCGUCAUUACAGUCAGGCAUUGCCUGGUUACAGUGUGCCGGGCACUCCUUGGGUGGCUCCUUAUCUCGUGCACCCUUCCCCGCCACAUAUGCAACAGGUCGACAUGAUACCAUCGGCUGAUCCUAGUAAUCCACAAUACAGUAUGAUUCCUCAGCUUACCACACAAAUGUCUACCUUGCAUCUUGGCACUGGUUCCUACAUAGCGAGCCCGCAUCCCUAUCCUUACACAACUUAUCCCGCUCCUAGCAUUAUUCACACUAUGCCACUGGGCGAGUCGGAGCAGACGAGUAACGCAGCGUCCCCCGACGACUCCUAUCAGCAGUACCAGGCUCAACAGCCUAAGUAGGCCACGGUUUAUAAUAGAUGUACGAUCGCGCUAAGGGUUACGUGAAUUAGAAAAGGCUUACUGAUUGACUUAUGAAGAUAUGCGCAGAAGGAAGGCAACAUACGAAAGCGAAUUACACUAAGAAGAAUAGAAUUUGAAACAAAAACUACAUUACGUAACGAAUAAGAUUCUUCCUCACGAUAAAUUGACUUGCCAGCGUUUUUAUACGUUUUAUCCAACAGUAAAUAGAGGAAAGUAGAUGAUAUUUUGCAACGAGUAGGCAGAGUGAAUGUUGAGAGAAUGUGUAAGAGCGAGAGGAAAUGAGCGAGCGAGAGAAAGAUUAUAAUUGAAAGAAAUACAGGAAGAUGAGUACGAGAACGAUUACGUGUCGUCCGCGUGAAAUGGCACGUGCUUCCAUACUAGUUAUGGUUCCAUUAAAGCUGAUGGUAACACGUACACUCUCAUGUACACACAUACUAGAGAGAGACAGAGAGAGAGAGAGAAAGAGAGAAAGAGACAUAAUAUGCGACAGUAACGAAAAAAACAAGUUAUUUACGAAGAACAAUUUAGUGUCAAGCUAAUAGGCUUCCAUGAUGUAACUUUAGGUAUUAUGUUUACUACGGACAGAUGACAAAAGCUAAUCGAAUCUAAUCUCGAGAGCUCGACAGUAUGGAUAAGUAUUUUAAUGAGUGAGAGCGAAAGAGAGAGAAUGUACGUGUGGAUGUAUUAACUAUAAAGAAAAACAAGGAAAGAAGAAGAAAAAGUAAUGCUCAGAAAUA